ACCCUCUUUCUCUCUUACAAGGUGAUAUUGUCCUGUUUGACUUGUCUCAUAAGAUGACUAUCAUACUGUCACAAUAGGGUGCAUUCUGUAAUUUUUUAAAAAGAGUCACGCCCAUAAACAUCUCGCGUCAUUACGCACAGUCAAGACGCCAAUAAAAUGAAUGCCGUAAAGAGCGCGCGGUUCGUUCUGUGAGCGUUAACUUGACAACUUGAAUGGCUCUUCGCGUGUAGAUAGGAAGUCCUUCUGUUGGCCCAGUGCAGUACAUGUGUGUAAUUACACAUCAUGUACUUGGAUAUCUGAUGGACAAUGAGAGCAGCAUCUUUUCAGAACCAAGGACAGCUCUCAACAGUAAAUAUGAUCUCGACACUGACGAAGGAUCGCGUGCAGGCACUCAUGACUAGUUUGACAUCUGAAGUGAUGGACGUGCGCUUUAUUAACAAGAUGCAUGAUACCAUUACACCUUUGCCGACGCCAAGUUUUAUGGAUAACGAGACCAGAUGCGGAGAGACGAUUUUGAGUUACGGACAUGUUGAAAAAGUGCUCAUUGGAGGGGUUCUGACCUUGCUUACCUUUUUAACAAUCUGCGGGAAUUUGCUGGUGGUAAUAUCAGUGUGUUUUGUAAAGAAACUGAAGCAACCUUCUAAUUACUUAAUCGUUUCUCUGGCCGUUGCAGACCUGUCGGUUGCGGUGGUCGUAAUGCCGUUUGUCAGCAUCACUGAUCUCAUAGGAGGACAGUGGAUCUUUGGUCGUGUUUUCUGUAAUGUUUUUAUCGCCAUGGACGUGAUGUGCUGCACCGCUUCAAUAAUGACACUAUGUGUCAUAAGCAUAGACAGGUACCUGGGCAUCACUAAGCCAUUGACGUAUCCUGUGAGACAGAGUGGAAAGUGCAUGGCCAAAAUAGUGCUGUCUGUAUGGCUUCUCUCUGCCUCCAUCACCCUGCCCCCACUGUUUGGAUGGGCUCAGAAUGUCAACGAUGACAAUGUGUGUCUGAUCAGCCAGGACCUGGGCUACACUAUAUACUCCACCGCCGUGGCCUUCUACAUCCCCAUGUCCGUGAUGCUCAUUAUGUACUACCGGAUAUACAGAGUGGCAAAGGUGAGUGUUGCCAAACACACAAUCUCUGGCUUUCCCAAAGCCGAAGAUGAGGAAAGCGUAAACUGCGUGACUGCGGUCCUAAAGCUGCAGAGGGAGGUGGAGGUGUGUGUGAGCUUUUCUCGCCUUCUCAAAAAUGACCGUAAAAACAUCUCCAUCUUCAAAAGAGAGCAGAAGGCAGCAGCCACCCUCGGGAUUGUUGUGGGGGCUUUUGCUGUAUGCUGGCUGCCCUUCUUCCUGCUUUCUACCGCGCGGCCAUUCAUCUGUGGAGUGCAGUGUAGCUGCGUGCCUUUGUGGGUGGAGAGGACGCUGCUUUGGCUGGGUUAUGCCAACUCGCUCAUCAACCCCUUUAUUUAUGCAUUCUUCAACAGAGACCUCAGGACCACCUACCACAACCUCAUCCGCUGCCGCUAUCGGAACAUCAACCGCAAGCUAUCAGCAGCCAGCAUGCACGAGGCUUUGAAACUAGCUGAAAGACCUGACCUGGUGUAGGCUGUCCGUACCCUUCACGUCUCUCUAGGGACUGAUGCAAUCACAUGCAGACUGAGAGAUUUUUGAUGAAUUCUUUAUUGCUCUCACAGAAGAGCUUUUCAGUCACUUCAAUUAAGUCAAAUUGCAAUGACUUCAAUUAAGUGAAAUUGGAAUGGUUGUAAAGCUUCAUGGAAUGUUUUAUAAAAGGCUUUAUAAAUUAGAACGUAUUGCUGUAGAAUGUGCUUAAUGAAUGAGAAAAAUAGUAAUCAAAAUCAUAGAGUGAUUAAUACACCGGUAUCAUGUUCGUAUUUCAUACAGUAUUCUUAGAUGUUUAUUUCUGUGCUUAUAUUAUAGGCUAUAUAAUAUAAGCACGGCAUGGAAGUAACUUUUUUUUUGUUAUUGAUUACUUUAAAAAGGAUAGUUUACCAAUAAACUUAAAUUCUGUCACUAUUUACUCACCCUCAUAUCAUUCCAAACCUGUAUGACUUUCCUCAGCAUUUUUGAAAAGUCACAUUGGACCCCGCCGACUUCCAUCAUAUAGACAUUAAAAAAAAAAAACAGAUUUGACAGAUUUGAAACAACAUGAGGUUGAGUAAAUGAUCAUAGAAUUUUAAUUUUGGGGUGAAUCUCUUUAAGUACCUAAUGACAAAUUUAUAAAGCAUAAUAGAACACAAGAAUAAAGUAUGCAGUGUACGAGCAACCAUAAAGAUGAUUUCACCACUCCACUUCAUUGCAGUCCCAUCCCUUCUGCCCUCCCAAUCAUCAUCAGUGAUUGCCACUAAUAAUGUGACAGCAAGCUGAGCGUGUCACACCAACAAU